AAAGAUGUUGUCCUUGUUUUUCUCUGUUCUGGUGCUCCUUUUUGGGGUGGCUGCAGGUAUGACAAGAGAAUAUAUUUCUGUUACUAUGACCAAGAACUGGACUGAUGCUCAGAAGCACUGCAGAGAAAACUACAGGGAUCUGGCUACAAUCACUAAUAACGAGGAAAACCAGAGGCUCAAUGCAAUUAAGGGGGGAAGUGAUAGUGUUUGGAUUGGGAUGUACAGAGACGAAAUAAAUGUAGACUUUUGGCUGUGGUCUGAUGGAACAUCAAGCUCUUUUUUUCAGUGGAACACCAACCAGCCAAAUAAUAAUGGAGGAAAUCAGAACUGUGUUGAGAUCGAGCCAGGUGGCUGGAAUGAUCAGCGUUGUUAUGAAGACCGGCGUUUUGUUUGUUACCAGUUUUUAGUCUUGGUAAAGGAGAAUAAGACAUGGGAAGAAGCUCUUGAGUAUUGCAGAAUGAACUACACUGGCCUGGCCUCCCCGGCCUCUGUAACACAAUUACAGUUGGCUGAAAUGGAGAGCAGUCAGACCCAAACAGACAGGGUUUGGGCUGGCCUGCGCUUCCAGAAUGGAAAAUGGCUCUGGGUGAGCAAGGAGCCAUUGGGGACUCUGGUUUCACUGCCCUCAUGCCCGGCUCCACGCUACCGCUGUGGAGCUCGCAACACCAAAACACACCUUUGGGAGAACAGAGACUGCAAUGAGAAGCUUAAUUUCCUCUGCUACUAAUA